CUUCCUAUGCAGCAAACCUUCUUCCUCCUUGUGGUUAUUGAUGGAUAAUAGAGUCUCCACCAGCACCAUCAAUAGUGCGGAGGAAGAGAGUGACUUCUCUGCCACUGUCCUUAGCUACAUAAACCAAAUGCUCAUGGAAGAGGACAUGGACGACAAAUACAACAUCUUUCAAGAUUCCUUAGCUCUCCAAGAUGCUGAGAGAUCAUUUUAUGAGGUCAUUGGCCACAACUACCCUUCUUCUUCUUCUUCUUCUUCAUCUUCUUCAUCAUCAUCUUCUUCUUCUUCUUCAUCCGUACACCAUCAUCUUCAAAACUACCCCAGCGUGGAGAGCCCUGACCAAACUCUCUCUAAUGAUUAUAGUACUUUCAGUGCUGGCAGUGGUUACAGCACUACCAGUACCAGCAACACCGCCGAGUCUCAGUGUGGUAACGUUGAGUACAAUUACAAGCCCCCAACAUUGCCAAUUACUUUUCCUAUUACUCCUUACUUUGUUUUCCAGUCAAAGUCAACCCCCACCACCAAAUAUUUCCUUAACAGUUUCUCGGGGAAUCCCAUGUCGGGAUUUCUUGAAUCAACACAAUCGGAAAGAGGUUUAAAGCAAGGUUGUAAUCAAGACAGAAACAGAAACAGAAACCCAUGA